AUGGGGUCCCUGGGCACAACAGCACUGUGCCUCCUGGUGCAGCUGUGGGUCUUGCAAGGAGCCAUAAGCCUGGGUGUGCAGCAAGAACCCAAGUUGCUGCGGGUACGGCAAGGCACUCAGGCGACCCUGGCUUGCCAGGUGACACAGGCCCAGGCCUGGGAACAACUCCGUGUUGGGUGGACAAAGGACGGCAACAUCUUAUGUGAGCCAUACAUCACCAAUGACAGCCUAAGCAUGGCGGCUUGUGGGCCCCGGGGCCAACUGUCCUGGAAGGCUCCUGGAGUUCUCACUCUGUGGCUGGACCUUGUGAACCCCAGUGACAGUGGGGACUAUGUGUGCUGGGUGGUCAUGGAGAUUCCUGAGUUGGACCAGGCUGAUGGCAAUGGGACACAGCUUCUGGUAGAUACAGAUGACCCUACGCUGGACAGGAAUCCUACCUCCAGCCUCCCAGGACUGCUCUUUUUGCUGCUGAUGGUGGGGGCCGUGGCCGUGGCCGCAGUCGUGCUGGGAGCCGGGGUCUGGAGCUGCCGCCGGCGCUGGAGAAAAAACUCAGGCGACCACCUAGGAAACCCGUUGUACAGCAAUGUACUACAUCGGCCUCGUGGGGCCCCAAAGAAGAAUGAGGACUGGCAUGGAAAUGGGAAGGUGCUGGACACCCCCGGAGGGCACCAGAAAGGCCAGAGCAUCUAUUCAAUCUCUUUUCCACAGCCUGUCUCCCACCAGCCAUGUCUGGCCGCCAAACCUUGCCUCAGCCCCCAACCCAGUCACUAUGUCUCCAUGGUCAGUGUCUCUCCUGGCCUGAGCCCUGCUGGGCAGCCAAGGCCAAGAGGACUCCCUGAAAGAAGAGGAGUCAGAGACCCCGGAGAACCCAAAGGGGACACCACCACCUGUGACUAUGUGAAGAUAGUAACUGCUUCCAAGGGAGGACAACAGUCCCAUCCUGAUACCCCAGCCUCAUUUCUAUGAGGAAGGAGCCUUUUUCCCCUCCCCCAGCAUUCAA